AUUUUCCUUUGAAACCAUACAAGUAUACAACACACACUCUCUCUCUCUCCGGCUUGCUUAUUAGGUUACCCUAUCUUUUGUCUUUAAUCUGGAAAAGUUGGAAUUGGAUGCUUCUUUAACUGUUUUAUUUAUUAUGUGUUUGGUCUGCAUUUCCCCCAUUCUUGCACAAAUAGUAUUCCAAUCUAGCAUUUGAUGCUGUUUUUCUGUUACCCAUUUCAUCAAACACCUAACAGGCAAUAAAUCUUUUUGCCCAUUUUAGUUUCUGCAUCAAUUCAUUCAGAACUUGAUUCUUUUUUUGCCUAUGGGUAUGAAUCCACCACACAUCAACUCCAUUCCUGCUUGUCUGGUUUAAACAACUUUGAAGGUUUAAACUUUAAAAUGCAAUAAAGAUGGAACCCAUUUCUUUGUUUUGGGUAUAGGUAAGGUAGGGGAGGGGAAUCUUGUGGUUUUUGUUUAUUUUUUUAUUGGAUUAAAAAAAAGAAAAGGAAUCUACUUUCUUUUUAGGUAAUCACAGCAGCAAGCUGUAGCUUAGCAACAACUACUGUCUAUUCACUCUACUUUUCUACUUUAUGCUCUGAAAGGUUAACACUUUCCUGUCUGUUACAUUUUCACUUUUCAUCCUUCCUUCCUUUGAUGAUUCAUCAUCAUAACAUUUUCAAGGGUGGAUUGAGGUGGGUGGUAUGUGAAGAUUUUAUGCCCUGCUACACUGGAUUUCCUCUCCCAUGGACUCCUCUUUUGUACUGUAAAGCUGCCAUUUUGUUCCUUGUUGAGUCUUGCAAGAUAUCAUCAAGACCCUAUUUUUGGUCAAACCCUUCAACUUUUUUCUUCUUUACCCCUAUCUUAAUUGCCCAUUGGAGCUCUUUUCUUUACUUAGCUUAAUAGGUAUUAGCUUUAGGUUUUCUUAGAUCCUAUCUAUAUUACUACUUCUUUUUUCCCACUUUUACUUUUCUUGUUUCUUGAUCUUGAUUGAUAACAACAACAUAUGGCUUCUUCAGAGGAAGAUAAUAAUAAAAACAGUAAUAAUAAUAACAAUAAUAAUGAUAGUGAAAUGGGUUUUCAGUAUAGAGGUGAAAUGAGCUCAGGAUCCAUGUUUAACAACAACAAGUCUUCAAGUGGGUCUGGUAAUCUAUUCGGAUCCGGUUGGGAUCCGCUUGAGAGUUUUGGUGGGUCAUCAGCAGCAUACCCAUCUGGGAUUGAAACGCAUCAAAGUCUUCUUCACCAUUAUCAAUCUGGUUCCGGGUCAGCCAUUGGUGAUUUGGUCCCAAAGCUUGGGUCUUUCGGAAGUGGGAGUUUCUCAGAAAUGGUCAACCCUUUUGCUAAUCUCAACCCUGAAUGUGGGCCCUCUUCAUCUCCUAAUAAAAGAAGAUUUAACCCCAUUUUGAAUGGUGAAAGAGAGCAAAGGAAUGAUGGGUCUGGUGACACUACUUCAGAGAAAGAUGAGAAGAAACAGAGAGUUGAUUCAAGAGGCAAACAAAUGGGGAUACAAGUGAAAGAUAGUUCUGAUAGUGGAGGUGCUCCUAAAGAAAACUACAUUCAUGUGAGGGCCAAAAGGGGUCAAGCUACAAACAGUCACAGUCUUGCAGAAAGGGUUAGGAGAGAAAGGAUCAGUGAGAGAAUGAAAUUGCUUCAAGAACUUGUUCCUGGCUGCAACAAGAUUACUGGAAAAGCAGUUAUGCUUGAUGAGAUUAUUAAUUAUGUACAAUCACUACAACAACAGGUUGAGUUUUUAUCAAUGAAACUAGCAACGGUAAACCCUGAACUGAACGUUGACAUCGAUCGCCUUGUGUUUAAAGAUAUGCUUCAUUCACGGGCUGGCACUUCGAACCCAGCAUAUGGAUUUGGGCCUACAUUAAGCCCGUCCCAUUCUUAUCCACACGGGACCUUGCCUGGUAUUCCAACUACAACUGCAACAAUGCAUCCUAUCCAUACUCAGCCUGUAUGGGAUAAUGAUCUUCACAACCUUCUCCAAAUGGGAUUUGAUGCUAAUCCGGGCAUCAACAAUCUUGGACCGAAUGCAGGACGCUCAAAGAUGGAUCUUUAGAAACUUGAAUCAUGAUGAAGUGAUUUACUUUUCUUCUAACAAAAACUUUUGGUGAAGUUGAAGUUGGAAAUGAUUUAAAAAAAGAAAGAAAGAAAUCAAGUUUUCAGAAGAUGAGUUGUAUAGGGUAUCCCAACUCCUAACUGUUUGUUCUUCAAGUUUUAACAGAAGAUGACUCGUUAAAUUUUACAAACCAUGUACAUUUAAACGGAUAUAAGAAGGGAAAAAAAUGGGACUUGGUUUGAGUAAGGAGUUACGCGUGAUGUUUAAUGAGGCUUUUAUCAUGAUUAAACGGUUAGAAACGGAAAAUGGUCUAAAAGAGUGUUGAUUGUUAGAAAAAAAAACAGAAAUGGUGUGGUUUCCUUAGAAAAUAUAUUGGUGUAUUGGUUUGGGAAUGAAUUGUUUCUUCCUGCACAUUGAUUUGUUAAUGAUGAUUCUUGUUGUCACUGUUUGUUCAGUAAGAAUUGUUUUGAAUGGUUUGGUGUCUUGUA